CUGGCCAUGGCGGCGAAGGUGGACCUGAGUACUUCCACCGACUGGAAGGAGGCCAAAUCCUUUCUGAAGGGCCUGAGUGAUAAGCAGAGGGAGGAGCAUUACUUCUGCAAAGACUUCGUCAGGCUGAAGAAGAUCCCCACAUGGAAGGAGAUGGCGAAAGGGAUGACGGGAAAGGUAGAGGAGCCCCAGUACAAGAAGGACAAGCAGCUGAACGAGAAGAUCUCCCUGUUCCGAGGUGACAUCACCAAGCUGGAGGUGGACGCCAUUGUCAACGCCGCCAACAGUUCCCUGCUCGGCGGUGGAGGCGUGGACGGCUGCAUUCAUCGGGCCGCCGGACCCCUGCUCACCGACGAGUGCCGGACCCUGCAGAGCUGCGAGACCGGCCAGGCCAAGAUCACCUGCGGCUACCGGCUGCCGGCCAAGUACGUCAUCCACACGGUGGGCCCCAUCGUCCACGGAGAGCCCAGCGACAGCCAGGCGGCCGAGCUCCGCAGCUGCUACCUGAACAGCCUGGACCUGCUGCUGGAGCACCGGCUGCGCUCGGCGGCGUUCCCGUGCAUCUCCACUGGGGUGUUUGGGUACCCCAAUGAGGCGGCCGCGGAGGUGGUGCUGACCACGCUGCGGGCCUGGCUGGAGCAGCACAAGGACAAGGUGGAGCGGCUGGUCAUCUGCGUGUUCCUCGACAAGGACGAGAGCAUCUACCGGCAGCGGCUGCCGCACUACUUCCCGCCGGCCUGAGGCUCCUGCAGCCACCAGACCGGGACUGACUCGCCUGGGCCUGACGGGCCUUGCUCCCAGCUCUGAGGUGUCCGGAGUCAGCCAUUUUUGCAGCUGACCACCCUCUCCGUGCUUACCUUCUGCGCGCCCGGCCCAGCCCUGCCCAGCAGAGCCUGCUAAUAAAGAACCGUUGCAGCCCCA